UCAGCAUGAGGCGCCGAGCCGUCGUCCACGAGAAUAACAACAAUGCUGGCUUACGCAAGGAGGCCGCUGUAUUCCUUCUCUCAGAAUGUGCUUGCCGUUAGUCGAAACACAGUAUCUACCUGUAGGAAUCAUGGUUUUAGGGGCCAGUUUCUGCUGCGGCCUGCCUCUACAGGAAAAACGGCUUCAGACAAGGCCUCCGCAUGGAAGAAAUACGGUAAACUACUUGGCGUAGGCUUUGGCGUGGGCGCUUGUGUUGGAGCAUAUUACUCGUACGAACACUACAAGAAGAUCAGCACGCCGGUAUCCAAUCCUUCAGAGGGAGGGGAAUAUGUUCUCAAGGAAAUACCGCCCUACUUCAAGCCAGCCAGAAGUAUCCAGGUUCCAACAGACACCACAGGGCUAAAACUCACACUUUAUCAGUACCAGACUUGCCCAUUUUGCUGUAAAGUCAGGGCAUUCCUGGAUUUUUAUGGCUUCUCCUACGAUGUCAUUGAAGUGAACUCAGUGACUCGCUCCCAGACAAAAUGGACGGACUACAGAAAAGUUCCAUUCCUUGUUAUAAAGUUUCCUAACUCUGAAAGAAUAUUGCAACUGAAGGAUAGUACAAUGAUAAUAUCUGUUCUACAAUCCUUCCUCCACAACAAGAGUGAAAACAUGGAUAAUCUAGUCAAGUGCUAUCCAACACUUAAUUACACAGAUGAAGAAGGAGACAAGCGAGUUGAGAUUAUGAACAGAUACUUCUUGAUGUAUGGACAACAUCCACCAGGACGCACUAAAGAGGAUAUUGUGGAGGAGCGUAAAUGGAGGAAAUGGGUGGAUGAUGUUUUAGUCCACGUACUUUCACCCAAUGUAUAUAGAACUCCAUCUGAGGCCCUUCAAGCAUUCCAGUGGUUUUCAAAGGUUGGUGGCUGGGAAGAACACUUUGCAACCUGGGAAAGACUCCUGGUUAUUUAUGCUGGGGCAGCUGCCAUGUAUAUCAUUGGCAAAAAUCUAAAGCGAAGACAUCAACUUCAAGAUGAUGUACGCCAAUCAUUCUAUGAGCAAGUGAAUGUCUGGCUGAAAGCCCUCAAGAAGAAAGGUACAAAGUUUAUGGGAGGCAAUACUCCAAACUUAUCAGACCUGGCUGUUUAUGGAGUUUUGACUGCAGUAGAGGGCUGCGAUGCAUUUCAGGAUGUUAAAAGCAAUACAAAUAUCUCUCGCUGGUUUGAAAAUAUGUCUGAGAUUGUGAAACAACACGGAGGUGCUACAGUUGUCAGCGAGAGAGGUAGUGCUGCAUAAUGAUGAUUGACUCUAUGAAAUACUGCUGUGGCACUGAUGAUGGAGGGCAGAUUUACUCAUGCACUAUUUGUGGAUGUGUUUCUUCCCAUUAGAUCUUAAAGAGAAUUUAGUAUGUGUAAUAUUUGACCUGUACAUAUUUAUUGAACUGUAAAUUAAAACAUGCUUGAAUAUUGUUAUAUAAUAUUUAAUAUCUUUAUUUGGGGCAUUUUGAAAUACAUAUUGAUGAUUAA